AUGUUACGUGACCGGAUAGUCUGCGGUCUCCGGGACGACGAGGCCAGGCGUUUCCUGCUGACGCAAAGAAAGCUGACUCUGCAGGAAGCUGAGGAACUCGCAAUGCCGUCAGAAACAGCUGACCGGAACGUACGUUCUCUAAAAGAUACGGACUGCAGGAACGAUGCGGGUGACGUGCUGCUUGUCCAAAGGCGACGUAGCAGCGGACGAAACAGAGGCAGCGGGCACAACUUGGAAGAACCACGCCAUUCGUGCUGGAGAUGCGGCUCAAGUCACUCGGAACACGAAUGCCAGCAUGUCGGCAAGGUGUGCCGAAAUUGCGGCACAAGAGGACACUUGGCAAGGAUGUGCCAGCGCAGGCACGGCGGCCGGCAGGCGGGAUCGUACGCGCUCAGCGAGCUGUCUGAGGGAGAGGACAGUAAAGAAGAAAUCCUUUACGCCCUAUCCGCCCAGAACAACGUUGACCAGGCAAGAAUGCGACCAAUGGAACGGAACUUGGUCUGUGGUGGCAGGAGACUGCGUAUGCUGAUCGACACGGGGUCAUCCGUCAGCGUUAUUCCAAAAAACGUCUUUAGCAAUAACCGUAAGUGGUGGCCAAGACUAGAAGAGACGCCACUUCGGCUAUCUUGCUUCCUCGGUCCUCUUCCGCUGGUAGGCCGAGUCGCCAUGAGUGUGGAACACGACAAAACACGAGUGGACAGUUCGCUCGUGGUAGUCGAUUGUGAUGGACCACUACUUUGCGGUAGAAAUACAAUUCAAGCUUUCCGCGAAGCGGGCUUGUCACUCUUGGAAGAAAGGGCUCUACCAAGUGUCUAUGCGCUGCAGGCAGAAGAUGACUUAAAGGAGCUGGUGGAAGAGUUCGCAGACUUGUUUCAAGAUCGACUUGGCUGCUGCAAAGGCCCGCCCGUGAAGCUGUACAAGAAAGAAGGAGCGGUGCCGCGGUUUUUGAAGGCCCGUCCGGUGCCGUUCGCGCUUCGCAAAGCAGUCUCCGCCGAAACCGACCGCCUCGUUCAGCAAGGCGUCCUGUCGCCGGUGAGCGUUUCCGAAUGGGCUGCUCCUGUCGUACCCGUGGUGAAGAAAAAUGGGGACAUCAGGCUGUGUGGCGAUUUUAAGCUCACCGUGAAUCCGGCUACUCACCCGGAGCAAUACCCUUUGCCUAAAGUGGACGACAUUUUUGCCGCGCUCUACGGGGGAGUAGUAUUCACCACACUGGAUCUACGAAAUGCCUAUAAUCAGCUCCCACUUGAUGAAGAAGCGAAGGAAAUGACUGUCAUCAACACGCACCAGGGCUUGUACUCGUACAACUCACUAGCCUUCGGCAUCUCGUCAGCUCCCACACUGUUCCAGCGGCGCAUUGAGUCGUUAUUACGGGAUUUACCAAGAGUACGUGUGUACCUGGACGACAUCAUAAUCGCCGAGAAGCAACAGGACACGUCAACACUUCGACAAGUGUUCCAGAGACUUCGCGACGGUGGCCUCCAACUGAACAAGGCCAAAUGUCGGUUCCGAGAAAAAGAAGUGGAUUGA